AUGCCGGAGGAAGGACUGACCCACCACCACCACGGGGAGGACUGCACGGACCGGCCACCAGCCUCUCUCCUCGAUAUGGCCGAGCUCAAGCUCCCGUCCUUCUACCGAGCCCUCAUCGCGGAGUUCGUGGCCACUCUCCUCUUCCUCUACGUCACCAUCGUCACCAUUAUCGGCCAUAAGAAGCAGGCCGAGCCUUGCGACAGCGUCGGUGUCUUAGGCAUUGCCUGGGCCUUCGGCGGCAUGAUUUUCAUCCUCGUUUAUUGCACUGCUGGCAUAUCUGGUGGGCACAUCAACCCGGCGGUGACAUUGGGGCGAUUUUUGGCAAAGAAGGUGAGCUUGAUCAGGGCAGUGUCGUACAUGAUCGCCCAGUGCUUGGGCGCGAUCUGUGGUGUAGGAUUGGUGAAGGCAUUCAUGAAGCCCUACUACGACUUGCACGGAGGUGGUGCAAACUCGGUGGCUCCGGGCUAUGGCAUGGGUACGGCCCUGGGUGCUGAGAUCAUCGGCACUUUCGUGCUGGUUUAUACUGUGUUCUCGGCCACUGACCCAAAGAGGAGAUCUUGCGACUGUCAUGUGCCCGUUUUGGCUCCAUUGACAAUUGGCUUUGCAGUGUUCAUGGUUCACCUGGCCACCAUCCCCAUCACCGGCACCGGCAUCAACCCGGCUAGGAGCUUUGGUGCCGCUGUUAUCUACAACAACCACAAAGUCUGGGAUGACCAAUGGAUCUUCUGGUUUGGACCAUUUGUGGGGGCAUUAGCAGCAACAGUAUACCACCACCAAUUUCUCAGAGCAACUUCCAUCAAGGCUCCCAGAGAAACUGCCAUCGAGGCCCUCGGCAACCCUACCAACUAA